GGAAGCACGCCCAGCCCAGAGGCGCUGGGGCACAGGUACCGCCUACUGUCCUCCUUCCCAGGCAGCUGCUUGUCUGCAGCCAGGGCCUGGAAGACCUAAGGACACCUCGUGGCUGCCAGGCCUUCCCCAUGGCUUCAGAGACAGCCUGCCGCCCCUCAGUGAAGAGACCCUGCAAGGUGCAAGCCUUCAGAAUCUGGGAUGUCAAUCAGAAGACCUUCUACCUGAGGAACAACCAACUAGUUGCCGGAUACCUGCAGGGACCAAACACGAAGUUAGAAGAGAAGAUAGAUGUGCUGCCGGUUGAGUCCCAUGCUGUGUUCCUGGGGAUCCAUGGUGGGAAGCUGUGCCUGUCCUGUGUCAAGGCUGGUGACAAGAUCAGGCUCCAGUUGGAGGCGGUCGACAUCACUGACCUGAGCAAGACCCAGGAGCAGGGCAAACGCUUCACGUUCAUCCGCUCAGACAGCGGCCCCACCACCAGCUUCGAGUCGGCCGCCUGCCCUGGCUGGUUCCUGUGCACGCAGCUGGAGGCCGACCGGCCCGUGAGCCUCACCAACAAGCCCGGGGAGGCCAUCAUCGUCACCAAGUUCUACUUCCAGCAGGACUAGUGGCGCUGCCACACUCCCGCCCAGGUCCCCAGCUGUCGUGGGCUCUGAGUGUCAGCCUCAGUGGGCAGACCCUCAGAAGGGGCUCCAGGGACCCUGGUAUCAGGACUGUGUAUCCAGGCCCCUCAGCUCUCCAGCCUCCAUUUGCCCCACGGUGGUCUUUCUGCAGUGCAGCUCAAAGCCCUUCAGGGUCCUUCCAGGUGACACCCAGGCCAUCCGGCCAGCCUUCUCUCCUUCCGGGCUAACUCUCCACCCCAACCCACUAAGUGCCUUCACUGACCUUCCACCACAUGGCUCCCAAACCCCAGGGAAGCUGCAUUUCCAGGGUUUGUGGCAAAAUGGAAAAUAAGGAUUUCGUGGUGUUUUUCAAAAGCCCAUUUUAUCCAAUUUGAAGGAAAGUCUUUUACUUGGACAUGAUGUCCUUCCUGGAAGGGGGUAGGGGCUCAAAAUAUCCCUGUAUUUGUGAAAUGGUGGUGAAAGUCAGUUUUCUUUUUUGUUUCUCUUCCUUGUUUUUAUAAUGCCCUAACCUGUAAAAAUGAGAAGUUAGCAGACCAUGUUGGUCCCUCAUUUUUUGUUUCUGAAAUGUUCCUUAAGUCUGGACCCUACCGCCCCGGCCCCAAGCACUAUCUCCUGUCCAGACCUUCCACAGCUGCUGGCAGGUCCCAGCCCCCAAGUCACAGCAGCUGCCCUCUCCCCCUGCCCUGUCCCCUGAUCUCCCGAGGAGUGACUCUCUCCUUGGCCAUUUCAGCACUUCUGACACUGAGACUUAUUUGACAGAUGCAUGUACGUCUGUCUGUCUGCUCCCAGACUGGAGCAGCAAUGUGACUCCAUGUGUCUCUGGUCGCUGCAGGGCUGAGCACAUUCCUGGCCUUUAGCUGGUGCUCACAGGGGUAUGUUGUAUGUGAGUGGAAAGUUUCCUGCUCUCCGUGACUCAAGCUCUGUUUUACAAUAAAGCCUUGAAAAUGCA